UACAAAUAUGGUGCCGUAGCCUCAGAUUCCGAAAUUUGUUCCAAGAUUGGAAGUGACAUGAUCAUUCUUGAAAAAGGGUCGGCAGUAGAUGGAGCUAUAGCAGGUUUAAUAUGUAAUGGAAUAGUUACAGCUCAUAGCAUGGGAAUAGGUGGUGGUUUCUUUAUGGCUCUUUAUAAUAGAACUAAUAAAAGAGCCGAAGCUUUAGAUGCUCGUGAAGAAGCUCCUCUUUCUGCCACAAGGGACAUGUUUCGAUCCGAGAAUGCUUCUUCAGUAUUGGGUGGAUUGUCUAUAGCAGUACCUGGUGAAGUCAAAGGUUACCAAGCAGCUCAUGAUAAAUAUGGUAAACUUCCUUGGGCCCAACUCUUUCAGCCGACCAUUAAACUGUGUCAAGAAGGAGUACCAGUGACCUCUGCAAUACGGAAAGCUUUAAAUAGAGAACAGAAUAAAGCUAUUCUUAUAAAAGAUCCCAAUUUCAGGUAUACUUUUUGCGGUUAUGUCACUAGGAGGGGCUCAGCAUUCCAAGUUGGUGAUAAGGUCAAACUGCCUAAACUAGCCAGGACUCUAGAAAUAAUAGCUGAUAAUGGUGCUGGGGCUUUUUAUACAUCCACUAACUUGCCUCAAGAUAUUAUCAGCGAUAUUAAAGAUGCUGGAGGAAACAUGACAUUAGAUGAUUUAUUCAUAUAUCAAGCGAAAUGGAAACCACCAACGACUUUAACUCUACGAGAUGGUAUAACAAUUCAUUCUGUACCCCCUCCUUCCAGUGGGGCUGUUUAUGAAUAUAUCUUAAAUAUUUUAGAUGGUUAUAAUUUUACUGCUGAUGAUUUGUCGACUGAUGAGAAAACUGUCCUAACGCAUCACAGAAUUAUUGAAGCCAUGAAAUUCGCCUACGCCAAAAGAACCAAUCUUGGGGAUGACGCUUUCGUAAACGUCACCGAGUUGGUAUCCAAUAUGACAUCACCAGAAUUCGGCGAAUCUAUUAGACAGAUGAUCGACGACACCAGAACGUAUGGUACGAUGCAUUACGGUCCGACAUUUUAUGACGAAAAUAAAGUGGGAACCUCACAUUUAGCUGCUAUUGAUAUGGAUGGUAAUGCUGUCUCGGUGACUAGCACCAUCAAUUUACAUUUUGGUUCUAAAGUAAAAGGCGCUAGAACAGGAAUAGUUUUCAACAAUGAAAUGGAUGACUUUUCUACGCCCAACUUAACUAAUUAUUUUGGUAUCAAACCUUCUCCGGCUAAUUUCAUAAAACCAUCAAAGCGACCCUUAUCGUCAAUGUGUCCAGCAAUAGUGGUCAAUAGUAAUGGUGAUGUAGUAUUGAUUGCCGGUGCUGCUGGUGGAACUAAAAUUACUACCUCUACUGCUUUAGUAACAUUAUAUACAUUAAGGCUGGGUUUAUCUGUAAAAGAUGCUGAAGAUUUCCCACGACUUCACCAUCAACUUUUACCACCGGAAGUACAAGUCGAGACUACUUUCGAUCAAAAAUAUAUAGAUGCUUUAAAAAAAUAUGGUCAUAAUUUUACUACAUAUAAUCCCGGUUCAUCUGUUAUUCAAGCCAUUAAUAUCAAAGAUGGCGACAUUAAUGCAGCAUCUGAUUGGAGAAAGGGUGGAAAACCCGCUGGAUAUUAAAAUCUACUUUUAAUUUCAUAUUCUAGUAAGCUUAUACUAAACAAUUUGUCACAUACAGAGUAGCAUAGCUUCACUCAAGUAAAUCAGCCAGUGUUUUAUAAGUAGACUUUGUUCCAGAAACUUUAGAUGUACGUCUUAUGCAGGACUUAUUUAAUGGAUGUGUUAAAGCUUUGAGAGAGGUUUACACGGGCUGUAAAGCAAUCAGUUAGAGCGUUAGAAUUUUUUUUUUUUUGCUCGGUUACGUCGAACAAACGAUGUAGUCGCGGGUUCUUAUCUCUGUGAAGUAGUGCCUGUCGGAAGUCAAAUUUUCUUAUUAUUCCAGUCGACACUGCAGUUACAGAGGUUGUUAAUUUCUUUAUUUCCUUUUUUCAUCGACUCGAUGCUGCUGUCUUAAAUACUUCCUUUGUCAUUGGAUAUUGAUAUACCACUAAAAAAAAGCUCAGUUAAAAUCUGACGUACGGUGUUGCGCUUCUGUAUGUAUAAUACACUGAUUAACAAAGAACGCACUGGGAAAGGUUAUAGCCUACUUGUCACUUGUGGGCGGUUAUAAAUAUUCUCAUGUCAAGUAAUUACAGAUUAUGUCAUAAUAUUUGCAUAGGAUAAUGUUAAUAAUGAACAAUGUACCUUAAUACAUUAUGUUUUAGAAGUACAUG